AUGGAGAACCGGCCUGGGUCCUUCCAGUACAUCCCCGUGCAGCUGCAAGGGGGGGCGCCAUGGGGCUUCACCCUUAAGGGGGGUCUGGAACACUGCGAACCACUCACAGUGUCUAAGAUUGAAGAUGGAGGCAAGGCAGCCUUAUCUCAGAAGAUGAGGACUGGUGAUGAGCUGGUGAAUAUCAAUGGCACUCCAUUGUAUGGCUCCCGGCAAGAGGCCCUCAUACUCAUCAAAGGCUCCUUCCGGAUACUCAAGCUGAUUGUCAGGAGGAGAAACGCCCCUGUCAAUAGACCACACUCAUGGCAUGUGGCCAAGCUGCUGGAGCGAUGCCCUGAUGUGGCCACCACCAUGCAUUUUCCUUCUGAAGCCUUCAGCUUGUCCUGGCAUUCAGGCUGCAACACAAGUGACGUGUGUGUGCAGUGGUGUCCACUCUCUCGGCACUGCAGCACUGAGAAAAGCAGCUCCAUUGGCAGCAUGGAGAGCCUGGAGCAACCAGGCCAAGCCACCUAUGAGGGCCACCUCUUGCCCAUUGACCAGAACGUGUACCCCAACCAGCGUGACUCAGCCUACAGCUCCUUCUCUGCCAGCUCAAAUGCCUCUGACUAUGCCCUUUCCCUCAGGCCAGAGGAGCCAGCCUCUACAGACAGCAUCAUGCAAGGCUCAGGGCCAAUUAAGGCCCCCAGUGGCAGGCCUAAUGUGACUGAGACUUCAGGAGGUAGCCGGCGCACCAGUGGGGGCCACUUUGCUCCCAACUCCCUGAUGUCAUCUUGCCCACAGGAAGAUCAUCACUUGGGUCUUUCCAAGACAACCAAGGGCCCACCACAACCUCCAGUGAGGCGAGACAGUCUUCAAGCUUCCAGAGCCCAGCUCCUUAAUGGAGAACAGUGCAGGGUUACUGAGCCUGUAGACUCUUUGCAGCAAAAGGAGAAAGCAACUCUAGAAGCUGUGCUCUCCCCAAGGAAUCCUAACAGCUUUUGCUGUCUCAGUCGGCCAGAUCAAGUGACAAUUGAAGGCCAUCUGAACUGUGAACUCAGCCAACCUCCUGAAUCCAUCCAGAAGGUUUGUGAGCAUCUAACAAUGGAAGCCUCCACUGCAGAUGUUGGAUGCCCCAAUGUAUAUGACCAAACUUCCAGCCUGGACUCCAGUCCACUCAACAGGAUUUCAGCUGAACUAAGAAAGGCUUCUUUCAGCAGCCUUCCACAUCUCACAGGAGCAACAGGGCAUCGCCAUAGUGCCCCAGAGCAGCUGCUGGCAACCCACUUGCAGCGAGUACACCUUGAUUCCCGGGAUAGCAAGGGGAUGGAGCUCUCAGCUGCACAGGAUGUGCAUGAGUGGACUCUUUCUCCUUUACAUAGCAGCCACACAGGGAACAAAAGUCCCUGCCCCCCUGAGGAGCAGCUCAUCAAUGAGCGAAAGACCAGAUCAGUGGAUGAUAGUUCUUUGGGUUCAGGAUGUCAGAGCCCAAGCAGUUCCACACAGGGAGAGGUAUAUGGGCACCCUUUGGACAAAGCUUUACUUGACCCAAAUAGAGUAAGCAGAGGAGGAAGUCAAUUGACUAAGCAGCAUUCCUCUGCUUCUGGCUCCCUUGUUCAACAAAUGAUGGAUUGUUCUUCAACCACUAAAGUAGCCGCCAGCAGAGAGACCAUUGAAAAGGAGGACAAUGAACCCAAGGAGUGUGGUCGAAUAGGGGGUAAGCGGGGCCGCUCAAUCCAAAACCGGCGGAAAAGUGAGCGCUUUGCGACCAAUCUGCGUAAUGAAAUUCAGAGACGGAAGGCCCAGCUCCAGAAAAGCAAGAGUCCUUUGCUUUGUGACAGUAAAGAGCCAGUAGAAGAGACUGAGGAGCCACCAGAAAGUCCUCCACUUUCUGCCUCUAACUCAUCCUUCCUAUCGUCAUAUAAAAAAUCACCUAGCCCUAGAGACAAGCCAUUCAACAAGAACAUGAUACUCAGGACUAUGUCUUCAGAGUGCCUCAGCCAAACACCUGAGAGCCCUGAAUCAAGGAUGAAUUUGGAAGAGCGAAUAAGCCCCUGCCAGAGACCUAGCCAGAACUCAUUGUGUCUAAAUACCUGUUGGAAAACAUCUGAAAUGUCUUUUUCUGACUCAGAAAAAAUAAAUGAUCGUGGUAGAGUUCUUGAAAGUCAUUGGAGAUGGUCUUCAGAGCACAGUCUUCAGCCACAAGUUUCACUCACCAUGGAAGGCCCUGCCAGCCCAGGUGACAAAGAACUGAAGGCUUCUACUGGCCAAACUGUAGAGGAAGCCAUCCUCUUACCUUUUGCAGAGAGAAGGAAGUUUUUUGAAGAAAGUAGCAAAUCCUUAUCUACAUCUCACUUGCCAGGGUUAACCACACAUAGCAACAAGACUUUUGCCCAAAGACGAAAACAUAUGGACCAAAAAUUCCAGCCAAUGAGUUUGAGCUAUAGGGAAUUGAGGCAAUUCCCCAUAGACCAAUCAUAUCAUCCCAAAGACCAACCUUAUCAUACUGCAGAACAGUACCAUUCCAUGUCACCUCUUCAGUCAGAAACUGCCACUUACUCAGAAUGUUUUGCCACAAAAGGACUAGAACAAUCCAUGUGUUGUAAGCCACUACACUGUGGUGAUUUUGACUGCCACAGGACAUGUUCUUACUCCUGCAGUGCCCAGGGAGCUGUAAUCCAUGAUUCUUGCAUUUAUUGUUCUGGAGAAAUCUGCCCUGCUUUGAGAAAGAGAAAUGUGCCGAAUUACUACAACUGCCGGUGCCACCUCCACCAAUGUAUCCAGUGUUCAGCUUGGUAUCAUAAUGUCCAGCAAAGUACUCUGAAGGAUGACAGCUUGGUACCUGGAAACACUUGGAAAUCCAGGAAACCAACAGUGCAGGAAUUUCCUGGGGACAAAUGGAAACCAAUAACAGGAAACAGGAAGACCAGCCAGUCAGGGAGGGAAAUGGCUCAUUCCAACACUAACUUUAUAUGGGCAACCCCCUUCCAUCCUUGCCUUGCACUAGACUUGUCAGGUUGCAGAGCAGUUUCUUCUCUUGACCUUCUUGAAGACUUCAAGCACUCCUCAACAAGAACUGAAGGAACUUCAGUUUAUGAGGAAGGGAGUUCAGUGGCCCCCAUUCCUCGACCAUUGCGCAGCCGUGCCUUCUCUGAGAGCCAAAUCAGCUUGGAUUCCCUGAGUUCCCAGGUCUGGGGUCAGCACCAGAGAGAACUUUUUACCAAAGUUGAUGAAAACCAACCAGGGCCUCAGGGAACCAAGAAGAAGGCCUUUCCUCCCCCUCGCCCUCCUCCUCCAAAUUGGGAGAAGUACAGGCUCUUCCGUGCAUCCCAACAGCAGCAGCAACAAAAGCAGCAGCAGCAGCAGCAGCAGCAGCAGCAACAACAACAACAACAACACUCACAAGAGAAGAUAGAAGUGGAGGAGGAGGAAGAAAUGGUAGAGGGUGAUCAGGAAGAAGAGCAAGAGGAAGAAGUGGCAGAAGAAGAGGAGGAGGGAGAAGAGCUGCCACCCCAGUAUUUCAGUUCUGAAACUGCAGGUUCCUGUGCCCUUAAUCCUGAAGAAGUUCAGGAAGAGCCAUCACCCCUCCGCUUUGGACACCUGGAAGUCUCAAGACAUGCUUCACAAGGCCUCACAGUAGAACAAGGAUCCUUUGCUCUCCGUUGCAGCAAUUCAUUACCUCCAAUAAGGGGCCAGUUGGAACCUCAAAGUGAGAAGGCUCACCCCCCUCACUAUUAUGGCAUCAGUGGACAUUGGAGAACAUCAGAGCAGGAAGCUAAUAAGUCUCCCACACAAGAAUUUCAGCAUUUCUUACCCCCUCAGGGGGCACCAGGAAUCCCUACCUCUUACUCAGCAUAUUACAAUAUUUCUGUGGCCAAGGCAGAACUGCUAAACAAGUUAAAGGACCAACCUGAAAUCGCAGAAAUCAGCCCAGAAGAGGAAGAAGUUGACCAUGAACUAGCUCAAAAAAAGAUACAGCUUAUUGAAAGCAUUGGCAAAAAACUUUCUGUCCUUCGAGAGGCCCAACGAGGGCUGCUGGAGGACAUCAAUGCCAAUUCAGCUCUUGGAGAGGAGGUGGAGGCCAAUCUAAAAGCUGUCUGCAAAUCUAAUGAGUUUGAAAAAUACUGCUUGUUUAUUGGAGACCUGGACAAAGUGGUCAACCUGUUGCUGUCCCUCUCUGGACGACUGGCUCGGGUAGAGAAUGCUCUCAACAGCAUUGAUUCCGAGGCCAACCAGGAAAAGUUGGUGCUGAUAGAGAAGAAGCAACAGCUCACAGGGCAGUUGGCAGAUGCCAAAGAGCUCAAGGAACAUGUGGACCGGCGGGAGAAAUUGGUAUUUGGAAUGGUUUCCCGCUACCUGCCUCAAGACCAGCUCCAAGAUUACCAGCACUUUGUGAAAAUGAAAUCUGCUCUCAUCAUUGAACAGAGGAAGCUGGAAGAGAAGAUCAAGCUCGGGGAAGAGCAGCUCAAAUGUCUCAGGGAGAGCCUACUCCUGGGACCCAGUAAUUUCUAGUUCUACCAGCAGUCAGCUACACUAUCCUUGCCCAGCCACAACAGGGAGUGCUUUCAAACUUUCUUGAAUUUUGCUUCAGGUAAAUAGCUAUUAAUUAUCAGCCCAUUACAUUCCCUCUAACGUGGAUUUCUCUCACUACCUAGCAGUGCUCCAAAACAUCCAAAAGACACUGGGGAGAUACUAAGCUUCUACUCUAGCAGCACAAGCAAGAUUCAGAAGCUGUGGCAAGAUAUGUUCAAACAGCCACAGCCACAGCUCCUAUUACCACAAUUUGCAUGGGCAACGCACUGUCAACACACAGAAUCACCAAGUGCCUUCAUCUUAUUUAUACUAGGACCACAAAGACAUCUUGUGCUCACCAUCUACUCACUUCAAAGCCUCUCAACGCUCAGAAAAAUGUUACCAAGGUAACUCCACUCUGACCCAAGGCUC